UCCUCACUUUCCAAAUUAGCGUGGUUUUCUGCCAUCAGCUUUGCAAGCAAGUUUCUUUGAGCUUGUUCAUGAGUUUGUUUUGGGACCACUGGAAUACUGUACAGAGCUUCGCUCCAUCACAGAAGAAAGCGUGUCAUGUUGUUGCGGCUUUUGCAAGUACGAUGGCCCGUGUCUUCGUCUACGGCACGCUCAAGAAGGGCCAGCCCAACUACAAGCACAUGAUCAACACGGCCAAAGGCCUAGCGAAAUUCCAAGGAAGGGGCCGCACAGUGGAGAAGUACCCGCUGGUGAUUGCAGGGAAAUACAAUAUUCCUUACAUGCUGAAUAUCCCGGGGACAGGCCACCACAUUGCUGGGGAGAUUUACUCUGUCGACGAGCAGAUGCUGCAGUUCCUGGAUGAGUUUGAGUGCUGCCCAGACAUGUACCAGCGCACCCUGAUGAGAAUCCAAGUGGUGGAGUGGGAAGGGAAGGGCAGCGCGGGAGAGGCGCGGGCAGCGGCCGACGGCGUCCUGGAGUGCUUCGUGUACAGCACGGCCACGUACCCGCCCGAGUGGGUCGGGCUCCCCUACUAUGACAGUUACGACUCCUCGGGGAAGCACGGCCUCUCCUACGUCCUACGGGAAAGCCGGGAAUAGAAACGGGAGGUGACGCAGCCCAGCUGAAGACAUAGUGCUAAGCAGGUGUUGCUCGGUAACCUCUCCAGGAAAGCUGUAAUACCUUGUUAUUAAAAUGCAGGAGCUCUUGUAACCCUCCCAACCCAGGAGCCUUGGCGCUAGUGUUGAAGUCCUGUAGGCCCAGAGCUGCAGACUCCUCCCCAGGCAGUCAGUGUCUUCCUGAACCCCCCAGCCUGCUGCAGGUAACUGGCUUUGCACCAGGUACGAAAUAACUGUAUGUGCACACCGGCUCUGGGAUCUAAUUAUUCCCUCAACUUCUCCCUUUGCCUUGGUGCAUAAUAAUGGAAGUCAAUGAAAGGCAGAGGAACAGAUUAAUUUUUUUUUUCCCCUGAAUUGACAAAUUUUCUUGCACUAAUAUCUGAAACUGAUUUAAAUGUCUGCAAAGUAAAGCACAACUCCUAUUGAAUAUUGACUUGUAAUGGGUUUAGUAGGCUACUGCAUGUAAACAGGGAAAGCUGAUCAGAUAACUUGGUGCUUCUAGACAAAUAGGAAAUUGCUGGAGAAAAUGUAAAGGUCAUUCUUACUCUGCAUUGCAGUGGGAUUUUUUCUGAACUGGAAAGGUGUAUUUUUAAACCAGGUUUAGUUUUAAAAGGCACUGUCAAGAAAUACUGAGAAAAUAUAAGAGAGUUACAUUUAAAAUUGUAUUUUUAAUUUUACAUUCUAAGCACUUGGGGUUCCACUUCCAUUCACUGUGUGACUGUAGGAUUUGGGGGCCUGUGUGUCUCUGUGUGUGUGUGUGUGUGUGUCUGUUUUGGGGGAUGUGGGGGCUGUUGGGGACCAGGAAAAGCAAAUGUACACUGGAGCUGUUGUGAGCACUUACUGUCAAGGUGACUUUUUGCCAAGCAUUUUAAUGCAUGUCUUGCAACCAUAUGCAAACUGAGUUUCCUAAUGGGGGGGAAAAAAUUAUAUACAUUAUAAAAAUAUCCAAAGGACCUGUAUUGUGAUUAUUGCAACAUUUAAAUUGGGGAAAAAAUACAUAAAGAAGACUGUUGUGCCCCUGACCCAACCAACUGUGCUGGUUUCUGUACAAUCUGGGAAAAUUGUAGCUUUCUGUUGUUACACUCCUGUGCCUUAUAUUUUCCUUCAGCUGCAGUGUUUGGUACAGAUAGAUUGUACAGUAGCCAAAGCUGCCAAAGGGAUGGGAGCAGGCAUUGUAUGCCGCACAGUGAGCCAUCAAAUGCAGCAAGGAUACAAUUAAAAACAAUACUGUACUUUUGCUUCUUUUACUACUGCCAGUAACCCUGUGAUGGCCAGAGGAGAUCCGGGGUAGGGAAUCAGCCUAAACUUCAGCAGUGGUAGGCUCUGCAGCAUCUCAUUUAGAAAAGCUUUUAUGUCGCUGCAAUAAGCAAAACAAGUAACUUGAUAGUAGAAUACGUGUGUCUCUUUACAAUACUUGUCUGUUUAGGACAACCCGCAGAGACUGAACUGUGCUCCCUUGGGAAGGGGUAAGAUGGCAGUGAGGAGACCUGUAAGGAGAUCUGCAGGGUCUCUGCCUCAGUUUCUCCAACGGCAAAAGCAUUCGUUUUCCUGGAAGGCAGGUACUAUCCAAACACUCUCCUUACUCACCUUGAUGAGUUUUAUAAACUAAUUCCCUAAGCAGAUCCCUGGACUACAUUUCCCCCCUUGGCCAUGUGAUGUAGUUAAUUAGCAGUAUCUCAAGAACAGGAAGAAUGCCUCUUCAGUCAGAAAUUUCAAGCAGAAUCAAACUUUCCUGGUUGAACAUGAGUUACCAGGCCUGUAAUCGACUGUUUUCAUCCUUCACCUUCCAGUGAAGAGCCCAGGAACCUCUGGCCACAGGGUUUCUCUCUGGGAAGCAGCAGGACUCUGCACACCCUAGGCAAGAAAAUGAGAGCACGCCUGCUCCACUCCGGGGCAGUGGUCAAGGUCCCUUUGUCUCCCUUUCCUGUAAGCAUUCCGAAGUCCUACUGUUUGCUCUUAGCAGUACCUUGGGGCAGCUAAAGAGCUCUGAAAACAGUGCCAGAUCUUUCUGUAAAGACAUGCAGUAAUCAGUAUCAAGAAGAUAAGGGUGGGGAAAUUGAGUAUGGAGUUCAAAAAAAAGAAGACAAUUCCCUUACAACUUUAAACAAAAACACAUGAGAAAUAUCUGCACUAGCAAAAUAAAGCCUCAAAUCUGUAAUUUAAAACUAAUCUAUACAAAGCAUUAAAAUACAAUAAUAUAUAAGUAUUUAUAAUAUAUAAUAAAUAACUGUAUAAUAAUUUAUUAUUUGUUAAUAAAUAAUAAUUCGAUAAAAGCAUAUCCUAAUUUGAAAUAAAUCUGAUCAGAAUUUAAGCCAUUGGUGGUACUUGUGCAGCACUUAUACAGAGUAAAGAAGAACUGCUCAGUUUGCUCACUGGUUAAUUUUUCAUUCUUGCCAGCCAUUCUGUACAGCCUGGCUGGGGCCUCAAACCAGGGACAUGGCUGUGGAGAAGACAAAUCAGGUUUUUGGCUUUUGUUGUGUUUUCUUUUUUUUUUAAAAAAAGAGGCUUUUCCUGUUUCAAAGCAGAAAUGGUAUUUUAUUGAUUUUAUUUGAUCCUGAAAAAUCAAAGCAUUACAAAGGUUAUGUACAAGUAUUUCUGGAAGUAAAAAUCUGGGAUCUGUUGCCAAGAUUGAACAUCUGUGUUUGCUGUCUUAACCACUGAUACAGUAAAUAUGCCUGUAUAAAAUCUCGUGCAUAGUACCGUCCGUCUUCUGUGUUGAAUUGUCUUAAUGUUACUUUACAGAUAAGAAUAAUAAAGGCUUAGUUAAUUCAA